GGGGCCUCUAGGGGGCAACGUUUCUGCCCUAAGAGCCUAAAUCUGGUGCCUCACACAUUCUGAUAGCAGCUCAGCUCAGCUCAGCUCUCAGCGCUGCUUAAUGACCACAGUGAGAAUCACAGUCAUGCAGCUGAAUAUGAUGUAUUUCUAUGAACAGACUGGUAUCUGAAGCAGUAUCAGGAGGGAAUCAGAACAUCUUUAACUUGAAUGACAGAAUGUGUGUGAAGCUCUGUGUUAACAGUUCCUUUAGCAUGUUGUGUUUUUACUGUGUGCAGGUCAAAGUCAGCCGUCAUUUACAGGUUGAUUUCUUUUUUGGGGUCAAGAGAUCGACUCUGAAAAUCCAUCAGAGUGCAGAUAGAUAAUAUAUUAAAUCUAUAUAAUAAUAACUCCCCUGGGUUUUUAGCGGUCUUAGGGGGCGGUUAGCUGUAGCAGCGGGGUUAGCGCUCCUCUGCCUUACGUUUUUUUUAAAAGCUUUUCUUUUCUUUUUUAAACCAAAAACGGUGCAAUUUCACAUAAUGUUGAGCACUAUCAUUACUAUAGGUAACUAAAAAACAGACUCAAUUAGCUUUAGUUGUAAUUUACACUUUAUUUGCAUAAUUCACAGCCUCCUCUUCAACAUUUCAUCCUCCUGGCUGAAUUGUUCCUGGAGAACCGCUGGACAACCUCCUCCAUGGCAGAAGGACCCACCAUGGACUCUGAGAGGGACCCUCGGUCCUCUGAGGACGUUCAGCUGUUGAAGGGAAACCACAUGUUUGUUCCAGAUUUACCUCCAGAUGUCCUGAGAGUGAUUGUUGUUAAAGAGGAGCCACAGGACUGGAGCUGCAGCCUGGACCAGGACCAGAACCAGGACCAGGACCAGGACCAGGAGGACCCAGAGUCACCACACAUUAAAGAGGAGCAGGAGGAGGUGUGGAGCAGUCAGGAGGGGGAGCAGCUUGAAGGUCUGGAGGAGGCUGAUAUCACCAAGUUCUCCUUCACUCGUGUCCCUGUGAAGAGUGAAGAUGAAGAAGAGAAACCUCAGUCCUCACAGCUUCAUCACACACAGACUGAACACAUGGAAACAGAAGCUGCUGGAGAGGACUGUGGAGGACCAGGACCAGCCAGGACCGACUGUGGAGGACCAGGACCACUCAGGACCGACUGUGGAGGACCAGGACCACUCAGGACCGAUGGUCCAGACGGUCCAGACGGGUAUCUGCAGCCCGUGAGUGAAGACGACUCUCUGGACUCGUCUGAGACGGAGGUCAGCGACGGGGACUGGGAGGAGCCCGGACGGACUCGAUCAGGUCUAAACUCUGUGAACAGGGACGCUUCUGUCGGUGCCGGUGAGAAACCGUUCAGCUGCUCUCAGUGCGGGAAAAGAUUCAGCAUCAAGGGGAGUCUGAAGAGACACAUGAUCACUCACACAGGGGAGAGACCGUUCAGCUGCACCGUCUGCGGGAAAGCCUUCGCCGAGAACGGAAGUUUACAGAAACACAAGAAGAUCCACACAGGAGAGAAACCGUUCAGCUGCUCCGUCUGCGAGAAGAGGUUUCUCCGCAACGCGUACCUGAAGGUCCACAUGAGAACUCACACGGGGGAGACACCGUUCCUCUGCUCCGUCUGUGGUAAGACGUUCAAUCAGAAAGUCCAGCUGACACAACACAUGACCCACCACACGGGGGAGAAACCGUUCAGCUGCUCCCUCUGCGGGAAAGGGUUCAGUAGGAAGAUCAUGUUGAAGUUACACAUUAAAACUCACACGGGAGAGAAACCGUUCAGCUGCUCUCUCUGCGCCAAAGGAUUCCUGAGCAAGUCGAACUUAGUGCGUCACAUGAGGAGUCACACGGGGGAGAAACCCUUCAGCUGCUCCGUGUGCGGGAAAAGUUUCUCACAGGGAGGAAACUUGGCUCAACACAUGAGCCUCCACACGGGAGAGAAACCGUUCAGCUGCAACGUCUGCGACCGGCGCUUCACCUGGUGCACCAGCCUCAAGAUCCACCAGUGUGGGGGGCGUCAGAACGCUCAGCUCCACAGAGUCAGAGCUGACGGACAGAGAGACUCUGAUCCAGACCAGCAGGGACAGGAGGAGGAAGAAGAGGAGGACUGCUGCAACCACACAGAUUUACCUCCAGACGUCCAGAAAGUGGUUGUUGUUAAAGAGGAGCAGCAGGACUGGAGCUGCAGCCUGGACCAGGACCAGAACCAGGACCAGGACCAGGACCAGGAGGAGCCAGAGCCCCGACACAUCAAAGAGGAGCAGGAGGAGGUGUGGAGCAGUCAGGAGGGGGAGCAGCUUGAAGGUCUGGAGGAGGCUGAUAUCACCAAGUUCUCCUUCACUCGUGUCCCUGUGAAGAGUGAAGAUGAAGAAGAGAAACCUCAGUCCUCACAGCUUCAUCACACACAGACUGAACACAUGGAAACAGAAGCUGCUGGAGAGGACUGUGGAGGACCAGGACCACUCAGGACCGACUGUGGAGGACCAGGACCAGCCAGGACCGACUGUGGAGGACCAGGACCACUGAGGACCGACGGUCCAGAGGAGCAGACCGGAGACUCUUCUGAACCGGAGACUGAUGACAGCGCUGACUGGGAGGACUCCAGAGAACCUCCGUCAGGUUUAACUGCUGAGAAACCGUUCAGCUGCUCCGAGUGCGGUAAACAUUUCGGCAUCAUUGGAAAUCUUAAGAGACACAUGACGAGCCACUCAGGAGUGAAACUAUUCAGCUGCUCUGAGUGUGGAAAAAAAUUUGGCCGUAAGGGAAAUCUGAAAAGACACCUGAGAUCUCACACGGGAGAGAAACCGUUCAGCUGCUCGGUUUGUAAGAAAUGUUUUACACAGCGUGGAUGUUUACAGAGACACAGGAGCAUCCACACAGGAGAGAAAUCCUUCAGUUGCUCCAUCUGCGGCAAAAGAUUCAGACAGAAGGUGAAAGUGACACAACACAUGGUGGUCCACACAAGAGAGAAACCAUUCACAUGCUCCGAGUGUGGGAAAAUAUUUGUUACGAGUGAACAUCUGAAGAGACACACGAGGAUCCAUGCGGGAGAGAAACCUCACGGCUGCACCAUCUGUGGAAAAGGUUUUAUUGAAAGCAGAGAUCUGAAGAGACACAUGAGAACUCACACAGGAGAGAAACCCUUCAGCUGCUCCGUGUGCGGUAGAGCUUUUAUUGACAGCAGACACAUGAAGAGACACAUGAAAGCUCAUGCAGCAUUUAUUCAAGGUGGACAUCUGGCAAAACAGAAGCUCCUCCACACAGGAGAGAAACCGUUCAGCUGCAGCGUUUGUGACACAACGUUCAGCUGGCCUCAUCAGCUCAAGAGACAUAAAUGUGUCGGAGUUCAUUUUCACCACAGAGAAGAGGAGCCUCCAGCCAGAAGCUCAGCUCUGCACAGGGAAACCAGAGCUUAUAAAGAGGACCGUGGAGGACCAGGAUCACUCGAGACCGACGGUCCACAUCGUCUCUUACGGCUCGUUGGCGAGGACGAGGACGGAGACUCGUCCGUCCCUGUGAAGACUGAAGAGGACGAAGCUUCAGAUUUACCUCCAGACGUCCAGAAAGUGGUUGUUGUUAAAGAGGAGCAGCAGGACUGGACCUGCAGCCUGGACCAGGACCAGAACCAGGACCAGGACCAGGACCAGGACCAGGAGGAGCCAGAGCCCCGACACAUCAAAGAGGAGCAGGAGGAGGUGUGGAGCAGUCAGGAGGGGGAGCAGCUUGAAGGUCUGGAGGAGGCUGAUAUCACCAAGUUCUCCUUCACUCGUGUCCCUGUGAAGAGUGAAGAUGAAGAAGAGAAACCUCAGUCCUCACAGCUUCAUCACACACAGACUGAACACAUGGAAACAGAAGCUGCUGGAGAGGACUGUGGAGGACCAGGACCAGCCAGGACCGACUGUGGAGGACCAGGACCACUCAGGACCGACUGUGGAGGACCAGGACCACUCAGGACCGACUGUGGAGGACCAGGACCUCUCAGGACCGACUGUGGAGGACCAGGACCACUCAGGACCGACGGUCCAGAGGAGCAGACCGGAGACUCUUCUGAACCGGAGACUGAUGACAGCGCUGACUGGGAGGACUCCAGAGAACCUCCGUCAGGUUUAACUGCUGAAAAACCGUUCAGCUGCUCCGAGUGCGGUAAACAUUUCGGCAACAUUGGAAAUCUUAAGAGACACAUGACGAGCCACUCAGGAGUGAAACCGUUCAGCUGCUCUGAGUGUGGAAACAAAUUUGGCCGUAAGGGAAAUCUGAAAAGACACAGGAGCAUCCACACAGGAGAGAAACCCUUCAGCUGCUCCAUCUGCGGCAAAAGAUUCAGACAGAAGGUGAAAGUGACACAACACAUGGUGGUCCACACAAGAGAAAAACCAUUCACAUGCUCCGAGUGUGGGAAAAUAUUUGUUACGAGUGAACAUCUGAAGAGACACAAGAGGAUCCAUGCAGGAGAGAAACCUCACGGCUGCACCAUCUGUGGAAAAGGUUUUAUUGAAAGCAGAGAUCUGAAGAGACACAUGAGAACUCACACAGGAGAGAAACCCUUCAGCUGCUCCGUGUGCGGUAGAGCUUUUAUUGACAGCAGACAAAUGAAGAGACACAUGAAAACUCAUGCAGCAUUUAUUCAAGGUGGACAUCUGGCAAAACAGAAGCUCCUCCACACAGGAGAGAAACCGUUCAGCUGCAGCGUUUGUGACACAACGUUCAGCUGGCCUCAUCAGCUCAAGAGACAUAAAUGUGUCGGAGUUCGUUUUCACCACAGAGAAGAGGAGCCUCCAGCCAGAAGCUCAGCUCUGCACAGGGAAACCAGAGCUUAUAAAGAGGACCGUGGAGGACCAGGAUCACUCGAGACCGACGGUCCACAUCGUCUCUUACGGCUCGUUGGCGAAGACGAGGACGGAGACUCGUCCGUCCCUGUGAAGACUGAAGAGGACGAAGCUUCAGAAGCUGCUGGAGAGGACCGUGGAGGACCAGGACCACUCAGGACCUCUGCUGAGAAACCAUUUAGCUGCUCUGAGUGUGGGAAAAGAUUCACCCGUAAGACCCAUCUGAAGAGACACAUGACGACUCAUUCUGGAGAGAAACCGUUCAGCUGCUCUGUCUGUGGAAAAUCUUUUCCACGGAGUGAAUGUUUACAGAGACACAUGAGCAUCCACAGUGGAGAAAAACCCUUCAGGUGCUCCGAGUGCGGGAAACACUUUGGCCGGAAGACGCAUCUGAAGAUGCACAUGAUAACGCAUACGGGAGAGAAACCGUUCAGCUGCUCACUCUGCGAGAGAUCCUUCACCCGGAGUGGCUGUUUAAAGAAACACAUGAGCCUCCACACGGGGGAGGAGCGCUUCAGCUGCUCCGUCUGCGGGAGGGUGUUCGGCUCCAGCGGAUACCUGAAGGUGCACAUGAGGAGUCACACUGGAGAGAGACCGUUCAGCUGCUCCGUCUGCGCUCGAGACUUCAUUGACAGUCGACGGAUGAAGAAACAUCUGAGAACUCACACAGGAGAGAAACCACGUCAACCCACGGUCAUCAAAUAGAAUCUUCACAUUUAAAUCACUUUAUUCUGGAUGUGACAUUUAAUAUUUUACCCCCAAAGAAAGAUCCUGUGAAAAACAUUCAUUGGUAACAAUGUGGCCACAUAUAGAUUCUGUUUAAUUAGACAUUUUUUUUAUUAAAUCAUUCUUUUUUCAUGUUUUGUAACAUGUAACUGUAUUUUACUGCACACCAAAGACUUCUGUUGACCUUUUGUUUUAUUUCCAUGUUGUCUGUCAGUGUGUAAAUAUACAUUUAAUAUAUACUGCGGUUUAAAUGUUAUUCUACUAAUAUUAAAUGCUACAGACUGUUUAUGUUUGUGUGACUUUCUACACAUAUAUAAAAGUUUAUUUGAGGUUUUAAGGAGUCAGAAUGCUUCAAAUUACAGAAGUGUAAGCAAAACAAAAAAUAUAAAUAAAACACGUUUCUGCCUUCACUGACAGUGAAUUAUUGAAAUCAUUCAGCAGUUUAAUUAACGUAAAAUGAAUUUAUUAAGCAUUUGACUGAUCUGAAAUGUGAGUUUUUUUGACGAUUAAAAUAUUGAACUCUCCCCAGGCCAUAUAAACAACUAUGAACAAUAACUAUAAACUAUAACUAUAAAACAUAAACAAUAACUAUGAACAUAAAUGAUAACCAUAAUAAAUAUAAGAAUAAAUAUAAACAAUAACCAUAAACAGUAAUUAUAAACAAUAAAUAUAAAGAAUAAACAUAAAUAACAGACUAACAAUAUCUAUAAACACUAACUGAUCGUCCUUUUCUGUGUCUUCAUGUUGUCUUUUCUAUGUCUUCAUAGAUAUGAAUUUUACAUAUAUAUAUAUAUAUAUAUAUAU